AUAUCUUUACGACCACUACUACUCAUGUGCAAAAAAAUACACUGCUAUAUAUGACAGUAUUUAAAAAAUGAUUAGAUUAAAAUGGCACCAUAGGUUCUAAAAGAUUUCUUCAGAUCAAAUUGAGGGUGGUUGGCCGAGUCAUAUUUACGAAUGUAGAUCUGUCGCUAAAUUGGUUAACGUGAGUUUACGAGGAAACCUGAAGGCGUCAUUGUUCCACCCCUGCUGGGCUGACAGAAAGCUAACGUUAAAUCUAGAGCAGCAUUCACCGGCAGGACAGUUCUUACAAUCUGCCCAUGCCGAGUCGACAAGUCGGGUGCCGAGCAGCAAAACAUCCCGGACACUGGCGAUUGCAACCGAUACGUUAUUUUUUCUUGACAACUCACGGGAGCUAACGGUAACAAGCUAAGCUAGCAGAGCGAGCUAACGACAGUUGGCUAAAACUCCUGCUCCCCGGCUGCUGCACUCCACCGAUCCAGCUAUGUAAACUGCUCUGAUGUGUGGACUUCUAUAUCCAUCCAAGGCCUGGUUGAGGCAGCAUUCGAGCUGGUCCGGAGGUCCACACUAUUACUGUGACCUAAAGAUCCAACAGACCUGCGGCUGAUUUUUUGGCUGAACAGGUGUAUGCUGGUUCUGAUCGUAGCCUAACUCCCCUCCCCCCUGAGAAGCCGACUCCUUGCAGCACCACCAUGCCUCUGGGUCUGGGAAGAAGGAAGAAGGCGUCCCCGUUAGUCGAGAACGAGGAAGCGGAGCCCAUCCGCGCAGGUCUCAAUGUGCCCGGUAUGGAUGGCCUGGAUGGAGGUGUUAUUGGGCUAGGGGAGGGCGCCGCCUCGGAAGGUCUGCCCCCGCCACACAGCAGCAUGCGACCUCGCCUCAUCUUCCACACCCAGCUGGCCCACGGCAGCCCCACGGGCCGCAUCGAGGGUUUCAGUAACGUGCGGGAGCUCUACGCCAAGAUUGGGGAGGCCUUUGGGAUACCGCCGGCGGAGGUUAUGUUCUGCACGCUGAACACUCACAAGGUGGACAUGGAUAAACUGUUAGGAGGACAGAUUGGACUAGAGGACUUUAUUUUUGCCCACAUUAAAGGACAGCGAAAGGAAAUUGAGGUGUAUAAAGGAGAGGAUGCACUGGGGUUGACAAUAACCGAUAAUGGAGCUGGCUACGCUUUUAUCAAGAGAAUCCGCGAGGGGAGCGUCGUUCACCAGAUCCAGGUCAUCAACGUGGGGGAUAUGAUCGAAUCGAUCAACGGCCAUCGCCUGAUUGGGUGUCGACACUACGAGGUAGCCAAGAUGCUGAAGGAGCUCCCCAAAGGGAAGGAGUUCGUAAUCAAGCUGGUGGAGCCCCUCAAGGCCUUUGAUAUGAUCGGCCAGCGGUCCGGGGGGUCUAGGUCGGCCUCGGGGGUUCAGCUGGGGACCGGCAGAGGAACUCUACGGCUGCGCUCUAAAGGUCCCGCUACAGUGGAGGAACUGCCCUCUGCUUUUGAGGAGAAGGCAAUCGAGAAGGUGGACGACCUGCUCGAGAGCUACAUGGGCAUCAGAGACAGCGAGCUGGCGGCCACCAUGGUGGAGCUGGGAAAGGACAAAAAGAACCCGGAUGAGUUCGCAGAGGCUUUGGAUCAGACGCUCGGGGACUUCGCCUUCCCAGACGAGUUUGUUUUCGACGUCUGGGGGGCCAUCGGCGACGCUAAGGUCGGCCGAGUGUAACGUCCGUCACCGUCGGAGAGCAGAACAACCUGUGUGGGGCACCCUCAGCAUUCAGCACUACUAGGAAACACAACACUGCCGGCACCAGUUUGAUUUUAUUCCAGCGUAUACUCUUAUUUUUAAUCCAGCGUGCCCUUGGGUGAGCGUCUGCCCAGACAUAGAGGACAGUGGACGUCAGUGGGAGAAGAAGAAGAAGAAGAAGAAAAGGCCGCUGAUGACUUCCCAAGUGCUUUUAGUUGUCUUCCGUCUUAUUCCCCAGAAAGUGCAAGCACGCUGAUGAGCUUUUCCCUUCGAACACAUCACGUGAAACCUGCAUGUCGUUGUUUUUUGGUGCAACAAGCAGCACAAGUCUCUACGGGAGCAGAAAAAGACGACCCAAAUGUCGAUCAUUAAUAUGUGCCCCCCCCCCCCCCCCCUUACACACUGCGCUCUGAACCGACUACAGAGGUGAACAGCCAUCUGUAGCUCACCCUGUGAGCGGCACACUGCACAAUGCAAGGCGUCAGUGAGAUCCUGAACUCGGAUCAGUUUUUACACGCAUGUGCUGUUCCAUUUGUUUCCUCACACGGAAUUAUGCUGGUUUUAUGUUCUUUUUAUUUGGUUUAAAAAGAUAAAGUAUUUGCAAAACUCAUAGUAGCAUGUAGCUUGCGGACUAAAAGAUCGGCAGUGUUUAUUCAUCUUCACCUGCUCCCUGCUGUAAUGAAGUUAACUUUCAUAUAUUUGAUCAAAUCUGUGUUUAAUUUACUUUUUUGAAGGUGAGAAUGAGGAGCCGAGUGGUUCCAGUUUUGUGGGUCGUUUGGACAUAUAUUUUUUUUAUGGCUAAUGUUUUUAUAUACAGUGAUGUGAAGUCUUUUUUGAAACCGGGUUUGUGUGAUGGAUUAUGAAUUUGAUCUUGUGUUGCAAUUACUUUUAUUUUGAAGCAUUACAGAAGGCAGUAUUGAAGAGAACGUUGUGAGGGAGUCGAUGUGUAAAAGAGGGAAGAAAGUGUUCAGAACAAAAUGCCUUCACUUCUUCUCAUUCCGUGCAUUUUAUGUUUUGUUUGAAGUAUGAAUUCUGGUGCAUGGUGUGAAAUAUUCAGUCAAUGGGAGCUCAGUGAUACCAAACUACUUCAUCACGUGUUGCAGGGACUUGUGUUACUCAAAGAAAAAAACGUUGCUGCACCCACUACUCAGCGUA